AAUGAAAGAAGAAGAAGAAGACGAAAAGAAGAAGAAGAAGACAAUAAAACAUUUAAUUUAAUUAAUUUAAUUGUCAAUUCCCUUGAAAACAAUUACUGUUAUUUCUCACAGAGGAGGGUCCUCGACAAAAUCCCACCCGCCCACAAACAAACUGUGAUAUAGCUCCCACCCCUACGGCCCUGACGUGGACGCGCAGUGCGAGUGCACGCGCGCGGUACGACAGGCAGGCGAUUGUGGAAGAGAAGAGAGAAAAAAAGGAGAGAGGGAAAAAGAGAGAGAGAGAGGAGGACGACGUGACGGGAGCACCCAAAACAGAAGCUCUCAGGAGUACGACCCACACACACGCGCACACACACACACACACACACACACACACACAUACAUACACACACACACGCACACACACACAGAUACGCGAAGGAGAAGAAACAACUGGCUCAUAUCCACAGCAGGUCUGGAGGCUCGUGGUGCGGACUGUUACGCACGGCGGCGUUUUUCCCUGCGGUAAAAAAAAAAGAGAAGAGAAUCCGCUUUUUCGGACCGGAGGCGCGCGCGCGGCUCGCGGCUCUUCCUCGUCAGAAAAAGAGGGGUUCGGUAGCGGCGGAGACUCACGGAGCAGAGGACUGACGGCACCGCGCGAGGAGGAGUUGGGAUGCCCUGAGCCAGUCCUCUGGGCCCAGAGAGCGGUGUGCUGAUGGGACCUGCUGCGCCAACAUGAGUUUACAAGAUGGCGGCUGCAGCUACGCCGGCAGCGCCAACGCGGCCUCCGCUUGUGGCAGCAUGCGGCGGCGCCUGGAGGACCAGGAGUUCGCCCUGCGCGUCUACCCGGGCGCCCUGGCCGAGGGCACCAUCUACUGCCCCGUCAGCGCCCGCAAGAACACCACGGCGGCCGAAGCCAUCGAGUGCCUCAUCGAACGGCUGCGCCUGGAUCGCACCAAGUGCUACGUGUUGGCCGAGGUGAAGGAGUUCGGCGGGGAGGAGUGGAUCCUGAACCCCGGCGACUGCCCCGUGCAGCGGAUGAUGCUGUGGCCGCGCAGCGCCCUGGAGAACCGCAGCGGCCUGGGCAGCGGCGACGACUACCGCUUCCUCCUGCGGGAGAAGAACCUGGACGGAUCUAUCCACUACGGCGGCAGCCUGCAGAUGUGGCUGCGGGUGACCGAGGAGCGUCGGCGCAUGGUGGAACGGGGUUUCCUCCCCCAGCCUGCAGGGAGCGACCCUCCGUCCGACCUCUGCGCUCUCCCGGAACUAACGGAGCGCACCAUUUUGGAAAGCCUUCGCGCACAUUUCCGCCAGGAGAAGAUCUACACCUACAUUGGGAGUAUUCUCAUUGUGAUUAACCCCUUUCAGUUCCUGCCCAUCUACAAUCCCAAAUACGUCAAAUUGUACGACAACCACACGCUGGGGAAGCUGGAGCCCCACAUUUACGCGGUGGCGGAUGUGGCGUAUCACGCCAUGCUGCAGCGACGGAAGAACCAGUGCAUAGUAAUUUCUGGGGAGAGCGGGUCCGGGAAGACCCAGAGCACCAACUUCCUCAUUCAUCACCUGACUGCGCUCAGCCAGAAGGGGUUCGCCAGCGGGGUGGAGCAGAUCAUCCUGGGAGCGGGGCCCGUGUUGGAGGCCUUUGGGAACGCUAAGACGGCCCACAACAACAACUCCAGCCGCUUCGGCAAGUUCAUCCAGGUCAACUACCAGGAGAGUGGCACUGUCAGAGGAGCCUAUGUGGAGAAAUACCUGCUGGAGAAAUCCCGCCUGGUGUACCAGGAGCACAAUGAGAGAAACUACCAUGUGUUCUACUACCUGUUGGCCGGAGCCAGUGAAGAGGAGAGGAAGUCCUUCCACCUGCUGAAACCUGAGGAAUACCACUACCUUAACCAGAUGACAAAGAAAUCGCACAAACUCCGCUGGGACAAUUCCUAUGAGAGCGAUCUGCAGGACUGCUUCACAGUGGAAGGAGAGGAUCUGAAACACGACUUUGAGCGUCUGCAGCUGGCGAUGGAGAUGGUCGGCUUCUUACCCGCCACGCGCAAACGGAUCUUCUCCCUGCUGUCAGCCAUCCUCCACCUGGGAAACAUCCGCUACAAGAAGAAGACCUACAGGGACGAUUCCAUCGACAUCUGCAACCCAGAGGUGCUGCCCAUCGUGUCGGAGCUGCUCGAGGUCAAAGAGGAGGUGCUGCUGGAGGCGCUGACGACCAGGAAGACGGUGACCGUGGGAGAGCGGCUCAUCGUACCCUACAAACUCGCUGAGGCGGGCACGGUGAGGGACUCCAUGGCCAAGUCCCUGUACAGCGCGCUGUUUGACUGGAUUGUGUUCAGGACCAACCACGCCCUGCUGAACAACAAGGACCUGGAGGACAAUUCAAAGAUCCUGUCGAUAGGCGUUCUGGACAUCUUUGGCUUCGAGGACUACGAGAACAACAGCUUCGAACAGUUCUGCAUCAACUUCGCCAACGAGCGGCUGCAGCACUACUUCAACCAGCACAUCUUCAAGCUGGAGCAGGAGGAGUACAGGGCCGAGGGCAUCAUCUGGCACAACAUCGAGUACAUCGACAACAGCGGCUGCCUCAACCUCAUCAGCAAGAAACCCACGGCGCUGUUCCACCUGCUGGACGAGGAGUGCAAUUUCCCCCAGGCCUCCAACCAGACCUUGCUGGACAAGUUCAAGCGACAGCAUGAAGGAAACAGCUACAUCGAGUUCCCCGCCGUCAUGGAGUCCGCCUUCAUCAUCCGACACUACGCGGGCAAAGUCAAGUACGGAGUCAAGGACUUCAGGGAGAAGAACACGGACCACAUGCGGCCCGACAUCGUGGCCUUGCUCAAGAGCAGCAAGAACGCCUUCGUCUGCAGCCUGAUGGGAAUCGACCCGGUGGCGACCUUCCGCUGGGCCGUGCUGCGAGCCUACUUCAGGGCCCUGGUGGCUUUCAGGGAGGCCGGCCGCAGACACACCCACAAGAAGACGGGGAACGAAGCAACGGUUCCCUGCGCUGUUGUCAAGACCGUCGACAGCUUCAGUUUCCUCCAUCACCCGGUUCACCAGAGGAGCCUGGAGAUCCUCCAGAGGUGCAAAGACGAGAAGUUCAGUAUCACGAGGAAGAAUCCGCGGACGCCUCUGUCAGAUCUUCAAGGCACCAACGCCCUGAAUGAGAAGGCCAGCUGGGAUGGCUACGGUGUCGGCUGCAACGGUCGCAGCACCAGGUCCGGCCGUCUGUCCUCGACAGGAAGUCCCGCCCUGGAGGAGGACGGGAUCUUCCUGAACUCGACCAGCAGCAAGCUCCUGGAGAGAGCGCAGGGCAUCCUCCUGAGGAACAAAAACGUGAAAACCAAGCCGAGCCUUCCCAAGCACCUGCUGGACGUGAAGUCCCUGCGUUACCUGAGCAGCGUGACGCUGCACGACCGCAUCACCAAGUCCCUGCUGCACCUGCACAAGAAGAAGAAGCCGCCCAGCAUCAGCGCCCAGUUCCAGGCGUCCCUCAACAAGCUGAUGGAGACCCUCGAUCAGUCGGAGCCGUACUUUGUCAAAUGUUUUCGCUCCAACGCCGAGAAGCUGCCUCUGCGCUUCAACGACGGCCUGGUGCUCAGGCAGCUGCGCUACACGGGCAUGCUGGAGACCGUCCGCAUCCGGCAGUCGGGAUACAGCAUCAAGUACACCUUCCAGGACUUUGUGCGUCACUUCCACGUGCUGCUGCCUCGAGGCACGAGCCCGACCAAGUCAGGCAUCCGGGAGUUCUUCAGGAGGAUCCACCUGCCGCCCGCCGGGUACCAAGUGGGCAACACGACGGUGUUCCUGCGGGAGGUGGAGCGCCAGCGCCUGCAGACCCUCCUCCACCAGGAGGUCCUGCGGCGGAUCGUCGCGCUGCAGCGCCGCUUCAGGGCCGUGCUGGAGAGGAAGCGCUUCGUCGACAUGAGGCGAGCCUGCUCCGUCCUGCAGCGAUGGUGGCGGCGCUGCCUCCUCAGACAGUCCUCCGCGGACUCGGCCGAGGAGGAGGAGGCGGCGGUGUGUCUGCAGGCGGCCUGGAGGAGCUUCAGGGAGCGCAGGAGGUUCCUGCAGCGGCGGCACGCUGCCGUCGUCAUCCAGGGGAGCUGGAGGAGCCGCUGCCGGCGCCGGUGUGCGGCGGCCGUGACGGUCCAGGCGGCGUGGAGAGGAUUCUGGGAGAGGAGCCGCUACUGUCGGACGCACGGGGCCGUGACGCGGCUCCAGGCGAUGGCCAGGGGACACCUGGCUCGACUCAGGUUCAGGGAGGUGAAGCGGAGUCCACCACCGGAGGCGGAUGCAGGAGCCGCGGAGGACCUCGCCUCUUCGGCACGGGAAGCUUACGUCCAGGACGUCUCUGUCGAACCGUCCGAAGACUCCAAGUCCGCCCCGUUGGAUCCGGCAGAGGCGGAAAAAGAGGAGGACUCGGAGCGAAGCCGGAGCACGGACGAGCCGAGCCACAAGAAUCGGUCCAAGCGGGAGAGCAGGCGCAUGAGGGAGCUGGAGCAGGCCCAGUUCAGCCUGGAGCUUCUCAAGGUCCGAGCCACCGGCGUCCAAGAAGACUCGGCUUGCCAGCUGGAAGACCCUCACAGACAUUCCCCCCGGGGAUCUCCGGUGAGUCACGGUAGUUUUGAACUGCUCGGUGUGGAAGACAUGGAGACGACUGACCCUCAGGAACCGCCCCAAGCACCGGACGUCCAACCGGGAGAUCCGAACUGCGACGAGAAGCCCGCGGCGGAGCCGCCGAGGGCGACGUUUUAUAUCGCCUCGGACCAAAGUCCGGUUCAUCAACCCCAGAGAGAGAGACGAGAGUCCACGUCUCGUAGGCCCGUGGUGGUGUUGAUCAGCAUGCAGAAGGAGAGCCCCGUGGAGGAGGGGGAGCAGCUGGGGGCCCGAACCCCAGAAGGAGCUCCUGAAGCAGGAGCGGCGUCGCCCGGUUCCCAAAUGACCCCCGCCGCAGGCCCGGAGGCCGCAUCGGAACAGCCACAGGCGGAGAGUGACGCAUCCGGGGCGGUGGAUCCGUCUCCGGCCGCCCGCGCAUCAAGUCCAGAAUCGGGGCUUUGCUCCUCGGAGGUGGACAUCCAGAUCGUCCUGGAGCCGAAGUCCGACGUCGUUCCCGACGUCCUCCCCGGUCAGAUGAAGGUGGUCCGGCCCCAACAGGAGGCUCCCGGUCCGGUCCUGGACACGAAACCACCGAAGGCUCAGAAGAAGAGCUCGGCCCAGACUGUGAUAGUGAACAUGGUGGAGAAACCCCCCAACGCCGUGUUCUCCCCACCCAGACGCAAGCUGCCCUUCUCCAAGUCCGAUAAGGAUUUGGUGAACCAGGAAAGAUCUCUGGCCAUGUUCAGAGACGACUCUAAAGCUGUCGGAUACAGAAACAGAGAGCAGGUGGGCCGCCCCGUCCCCAAAAAGAAAGCGCGAAUGUCCCGGACGCGCUCCGACUUCCUCACCCGCUGUAACUCCGAGGGGGCGACCCAGUCGGACGACGACGACGACGAGUACUACGUCCCCGCCCACCCCCACCCGCCGCCCCCCUCCCCGUCUCCCCCAAACGCCGACUGUCACAGCGACUCCGAGAUGCCGUCUCACAAAGACCAGAAGAAGAUCCACAAGACCAUGUCGUCAGGGGACCUGGGCAAAGUGGAGGUCCUCAGGAAGACCUCCAGUCAGGAUGGAAGCAGGAUGAAGGGGAGGAUCCGAUUCUGGAGUAAGACGAAGCACCCCGAGAAAAAGCUGUCGCGAGAGAAGCAGGCCGGCGGCGGUGAAGCCAGAGAGACGCACGAAGGCCAUUCUUCUCCUCCCCGCAGCCCCGACUUGGAGGCGGCUCCGCCUCAGGCGGUCCGGGACAGCAAGGAGAACAAGGAGCCGUCUCCCAAGAUGAGGAGGCGUCGCAGCGUGAAGAUCGGCAGCAUCGCCCUGGAGCCCGUCCAGUGGCAGAACGACGCCCUGCACAUCCUCAGCUCGGCCCACGACUACCGCAGCAUGAACGACUUCCUCAUGAAGAAGAUCGCCGACCUGGAGUCCGAGGACGGUAAGAAGGACACCAUGGUGGACGUCGUCUUCAAGAAGUCGCUGAGGGAGUUCAGGAUCAACAUCUUCAACUCCUACUCCACCGCGCUGGCGAUGGACGACGGGAAGAGCAUCCGGUACAAGGAUCUCUACGCGCUGUUCGAGCACAUCCUGGAGAAGACCAUGCGCCUGGAGCAGCGGGACUGGUGCGAAUCGCCCGUGAAGGUGUGGGUGAACACCUUCAAGGUCUUCCUGGACGAGUUCAUGACCGAGUACAAGCCCAUGGAGGGGACGAUCGGCAGGGCUCCGAAACGCGAGCGCAAGAAGUCCCGGAAGAAGGAAACUGACAUUGUGGAAGAGCACAACGGCCACAUCUUCAAGUCCACCCAGUACAGCAUCCCCACCUACUGCGAGUACUGCUCCUCCCUCAUCUGGAUGAUGGACCGCGCCUGCGUCUGCAAACUGUGUCGCUACGCCUGCCACAGGAAGUGCUGCUCCAAGAUGACCACCAAGUGCAGCAAAAAGUACGACCCGGAGCUGUCGUCGCGUCAGUACGGCGUGGAGCUGUCCCGCCUGACCAGCGAGGAGCGCACGGUUCCCCAGCUGGUGGAGAAACUCAUCAACUACAUCGAGAUGCACGGCCUCUACACGGAGGGCAUCUACAGGAAGUCGGGCUCCACCAAUAAGAUCAAAGAGCUCCGUCAGGGGCUGGACACGGAUGUGAGCAUCGUGAGCCUGGACGACUACAACAUCCACGUCAUUGCCAGCGUUCUCAAACAGUGGCUGCGUGACCUUCCCAGCCCUCUGAUGACCUUUGAACUGUACGAGGAGUUCCUCCGGGCCAUGGGUCAGCCAGACAGGCGGGAGGUGAUCCGGGGGGUGUACUCGGUGAUCGACCAGCUCAGCAGGACACACCUCAGCACGCUGGAGCGCCUCAUCUUCCAUCUGGUCAGGAUCGCCCUGCAGGAGGAGACUAACAGGAUGUCGUCCAACGCCCUCGCCAUCGUGUUCGCUCCCUGCAUCCUGCGCUGCCCCGACACCAUCGACCCGCUGCAGAGCGUCCAAGACAUCAGCAAGACCACAGCCUGCGUGGAGCUGAUCAUCAACGAGCAGAUGGGCAAGUACAAAGCUCGUCUGAAGGACAUCAACAGUCUGGAGUUCGCCGAGAGCAAAGCCAAGAGCAGACUGACCCUUGUCAGGAAGUCCAUGAGACCUGUACUAAUUGCUGUUAGGUUUAUGAGCAUAGCCCGCACUUCCACCCCGAGCAAAGGCCGCGUACGUCCAAGCAGCACCCACUCGACAUCGCCUCCUCUCAGCCCCAAAGUGGCCCCAACGGUGGUGGUGAUGGAUGGAGAGAGUGCAGGAGGAGGAGGAGGAGGAGGAGGAGGAGGAGGAGAGGAGGAUGAUGCAGCAGCAGAGGCCGGGCUGAACGAGCAGCAGCAGCAGGCGAUGCAGCAGGAGGAGCGAGUCCUCACCGAGCAGAUCGAGAGUCUGCAGAAGGAAAAGGAGGAGAUGACGUAUGAGAUGUUGAUCUUGGAGCCGCGGACGUCCGACGAUGACACGCCUGAAUCUGAAGCGUCUUUCGGCACGGCGGACAGCUCCGAGAACAUCACCAUGGAGACGGAGGGGGCCACCUCGGAACCCUCUGAGCGUGGCGCUUAUCACUCCAGAAAGUCGGAUGCGAAGAGCCGUCGGACGUUGCGCCGUCAGCCCGACUCCCAGGACUCCGCCGACUCCGCCUCCACCGUUUCCUCGUCCUACCACCCCUCCCCCUCUCUCUCCUCCAACGCCUCGGGCUCACCCUCCCCUCACUACCGGUUCCGCUCCUCCUCCUCCGGGCCCCUGCUCACCUCCUGCGGUUUGGGGGCCCCGUUGGCCGAGGCCGAGGGGAGCCACGGCGGCGCCGGCAAGACCCGCCACCGGCUCAGGCUGAGCCGCAGCUCGCCGCGCGAGCCCUCGGGGGGCCACCGGAGGGAGCCGGACUUCAGCUCGGGGCCCCAGCAGCUGGUUCUGUACGGCAGCAACGAGUUCAUGGUGUGAAGCCGAGGGGGGAGGGAGGGGAACGCCGCCCGCACGCCGCCGGCCUCCGCCGCCUGCCCGAGUGCAGAAGAAGAGGAAGAGGAGGAGGAGGGCGGAGGAGGGGGAGGGGUUAAAUGAGGCUCGAUCACAGGGGGCCAGGUUCGUGCCCAGGGGGGGUCGCCUGCUGCCCCUCCUCAGGGCCGUCCUCCCUCCUCCCCCGGUCCGGUCGGAGAAGAGGCCCGUGCGAAGAAAAAGAAGAUGACGAGACGCGGUGGGACAAAAAGAACAAGUCGGAAGAAAAGUUGGAACAAGUGAUGGUCAGCCAUGUUUGUUGACCCCCCCCCUCCCCUCCCUGGUCUCAGUGCUGAGACAAGAAGGGAAAGGACGCUUGGGGGGUGGGGGACAGAGGAAAACCCUCACCUGCAAAGCCAAAUCUUAUAGAGCCCCAUCUUUAUUGUCCAGCAUGAGGCGGGUGGAUAAAGAACACAUGUAGCCAUGACGACUGAACCGGCAUGGCUACAAGCAAAGUCUGCUCUUCACGUUUACACGGGACGUCGUCACACCUUUUUUCCUACGUUAGAGACUGUACAGAAAUAUGUUAAUUGUUAUUAUUAUUAUAAUUAUUAUGUUACAGAGGAGAAGAAAAUGUACAUAGAAAGAAACUCCAGUGCUGCUCCUGGGCCGUUCGUUGUUGAUUGAUCUCUAUUUCCUGUUCUUUGCAAAAGGAAGUGUCCAUUUCCGGUUCCACUUCCUUUUUGCUCCGUUUCCCAUCAUUUGUGCUGUUUUUUGUUUUUUUAUUUUUUUCUUCUCUUGUUUGCUAUUUCGCAGUGAACAGAGCCAGCUCCGGGUGUCCUCGGGCUCUUGAGAAAUAAUAAUAAUAAUAAUAAUAAUAAUAAUAGAAGGAAAAGCUGUCGAUCUUAUCUGAUCUGAUGUCAUGUUUACUUUACCUGAGGUGUCACAUGUCAGUCAGCCAUAAGUGUUUCUUCCUUUCCAUUUGUUUCCCUUUCUUUUAUAUUCAGAAAACAUCAGUGUUACUACAUCGGGACUUGAAUUUCUUUUGACAUAUAUAAGUAUAUAUAUAUAUAUAUAUAUAUAUGUAUAUAUAUACAUUAUUGCUGUAUUAUAGGUGUUGUUAUUGAUAUCAAAAAUGUCCUGUUUUUGUUGUCAAUAUUGUUUCAUAGUUUUAUUUUUUGUUCAGAUGAAAGCCAUUUUCCCUUUUUAUGUGUGUGUGUUUGAAUGAAUGAAUAAUUGCUGCCACUGUAUCAGCUCCCACUUUGUGCAUGUGUGGUCUUCUCUACACACACACACACACACACACACACACACACACACACACUCCUGUUUCCCCCGCACAAUAAAACAUUAUUGUGAAGGUGAGAAGAAGAAAGAAGCGUCUCUGUGACCAUCAAGCUACACUAAAGCUAUAACUCGGACGUUAUGAGAUGUUUAUAAUUAGUCUGAGUGUCUUUGCACCCGUGGGGGAAAACUCUUGCACUCACUCCGUCCAUACGAAGCCAUCCUCCUCCUCCUCCUCCUCCUCCUCCUCCUCCUCCUCCUCCUCUUUCUUCUUCUUUUCUUUUACAGCAGCUCUUCCAUCCUCUUUUCUCCUCCCGGCUGUGAAAAAGUAGCAUUUAACCAGACGAAAGCAAAGUAGCAACUCACUCCGACCGGUCGCCCUCUCACUCUGUGUGUGUGUGUGUGUGUGCGUCUCCCGGGGCGACGGCCACGAUGCCGCCUGCUCUUCUCAAAGCUCGCCCAGCUGUGAUCCGAUGCUCUCCAUCUCAUCGAGUCUUCCUAUUAGCAGCGCCGAUGCAGGUGUGGAGGUCUGUGGAGACCGUCGUUGCACAGGUGAGCUGCAAAAACGACGAAAAUUGAUUCCUGGUAAUAAAAAAGUUAUAUCUAUAAGCUGAUAUUUGGAUGAUCUGUGUUCAUAUCCAGGCAAACAAACUUUAAAAAAGCUGGAAAAAAACAAUAAUAAUAAAAAAUAAAAAAAGUCAAUGUACCUGUCACUGGAAAGCAUGCUCUGCUUUCUCUGGUUGUUUUUGUUCCUCUUUUUUUAUACACAGUGUAUGUACUAUUUAUGAUCAUGCUUUUGGGGGGUGUACAUUGGUUUAAAAAAAAGAAUCCGUUAUUAAAAAAAGGUGAAAGGAUA